CUCUUCCAUUGUAAGACGAGAUGAAGGUGGUUGCUGCCUAUUUGCUUGCUGUUCUGGGAGGGAACACCAGUCCCUCUGCUGAUGAUGUGAAGAAGAUUCUCGGAUCGGUUGGAGCCGAUGCCGAUAGCGAUAGGAUCGAGUUGCUGUUGUCUCAAUUAAAAGGAAAAGAUGUCGCCGAGGUAGUUGCCUCCGGAAGAGAGAAGUUGGCAUCUGUGCCUUCUGGUGGCGCAGUUGCUGGUGUCGCACCCGCAGCCGGCACCGCUGGUGCUGCAGCUACUGCUGCUGGCGAGCAGAAGAAGGAAGAGAAGGUUGAAGACGAAGAGGAAGAAGAUGAUGCAGAUAUUGGUGGUCUCUUUGGCGACGACGACUAAAAGAUCACUCAUAAGCUAGAACUUGUUAAUGGAUGUGUUUGAGGUUUCGCGGUGCAAGUACUGCGUUUGAUUUAUCUAUUUCUAAAAUUGUUUGUUUAGAUUUUGAAGUGUUGUAAGACAUGGUUUUCUUUAUUACUUUCGGGUUUUUG